GAGAAAUAGUGAAAGAUACGCAUUAUUUAGUCCAAAUCAAAUUGGUUCAAGUAGGAAAAGUGCGAACAUAGAAAGAAGAACCAAAACUCUUUCAAGAGCACACGUGAUCGUUUUGCUCGAUUGGAUACACCAACACACCAUUAAAAUCUUUCGUCCUACAGUCUACAACACAUCAAACUACGGAAUCAAAGAUCAAGGGUUUAAUAAUAUCUUUCGUUCGUUUCUAAUUUUAAGUUUAUAGAUUUUUGUGGCACAUUCAAUAUGAUCUUCUCUUUGAAGCAAUCCAAUGUAACGAUUCCUGUAUUCAGUUCUAAAAUUAUUGAUCGCCGAAGAAAUCAUCCGGAACAAUUCUCGGUUUUACCGCCUCUUUCUAAUCCCAAAGCUAGCAAAAUUUCCAUCGUCUCAAAUUCAAAACCACUACAUGUUUCCUCAAUUCAAACUUUUGGAUCGUUACGAACGCUAUUAUAUGCUGGUUGGAGUCCAAAAUCUAGUGUCGCGUGUAACGCAUAUGAAGCUGAUCGAUCUGAUGCGGAAGUAGUUGGUGACAAAAUCGAAGCAGCAAGGAGGGUUAAGAUCGGUGUUUAUUUUGCAACAUGGUGGUUUUUGAAUGUGAUUUUUAACAUUUAUAAUAAGAAGGUUCUUAAUGCUUUUCCAUACCCAUGGUUGACUUCAACGUUGUCUCUUGCUGCUGGAUCAACCAUCAUGUUGAUCUCUUGGGCUACAAAAGUCGCUGAAGCACCCAACACCGAUCUCGACUUCUGGAAAUCCUUAUUCCCUGUUGCAUUAGCCCAUACAAUUGGUCAUGUUGCAGCAACUGUUAGCAUGUCUAAAGUUGCUGUUUCAUUCACACACAUAAUCAAGAGCGGUGAGCCUGCUUUUAGUGUGUUGGUGUCAAGGUUCAUAUUGGGAGAAACAUUCCCUUUGCCAGUUUACUUGUCUCUUAUACCAAUCAUCGGUGGUUGUGGCCUUUCUGCCCUAACUGAACUCAAUUUCAACAUGACUGGGUUUAUGGGUGCCAUGAUUUCGAAUUUGGCGUUUGUGUUUAGGAACAUAUUUUCCAAAAGAGGCAUGAAGGGGAAAUCUGUUAGUGGGAUGAACUAUUAUGCUUGUUUAUCUUUGCUUUCACUUUUGAUUCUUACACCAUUUGCAAUUGCUGUUGAGGGACCUAAAAUGUGGGCUGCUGGAUGGCAGAAUGCCAUCUCUGAAAUUGGACCCAGUUUCAUUUGGUGGGUAGCUGCACAGAGUAUCUUCUAUCAUUUGUACAAUCAGGUUUCAUACAUGUCACUUGAUGAAAUCUCUCCUUUGACUUUUAGUGUUGGGAACACAAUGAAGCGUAUAUCUGUCAUUGUUUCUUCUAUUAUCAUUUUCCAUACACCUGUGCAACCAGUCAAUGCUCUUGGAGCUGCAAUCGCUAUCCUUGGAACUUUCUUGUAUUCUCAGGCGAAGCAGUGAAAAACGAAGGACGAAAGUGGAAAUUCAUGAGGUUGUCUUGUAGUGUUGAUAUUUGGUUGUUUAUUUACAUCCAUGGUUGCAGAACAGCAAGGUGAGAUGGUAGUAGCUGUUGAUGUUGUUUGUAGAUAAUAAGAAUGGAUGAGUAUUUAUUUUACUUUAGAGAUAUACUCCUAUGUUAUAGAAAGGAUUAGACUUUUUUACCCCCAGGGUUGUGGGUGCUAGUAGUGAACUGAGUUCUGUUUUUCUUUCCAAUAAACAUGGGCAAAUUGGGCAACAAUUUUGUCAUGACACAACCUUGCUCGGUCUUCGUAUAAUGGUUAUCAAUAUUUGUUUGCAGUAAUAAGAUAAGUGUUUGUUUUGGGUAAAUUGUAAUUUUUACCUCUUCAUGUGAAUUUUUAACAUAAAACACGUUUUGAAUUUGUUAAUUAAUUCUCUGAUUUUUAAUGACACGACAACAUUACCUUUUUCCGUCACUUAUUCAAUUUUUAUAAGUGAUUAAAGCUUUAAAUCUAAUUAUUUAUAAUUAAAGUAAUUUUGUGACUAGAAUACAUUUCCAACAAAUAUUAUAUAAUCCAAAACAGUACGUCAUUAUAGAACAAAAAAAAUCAUGCUGCCUCAUGCAUUUAACAACAAAGAGUCGGCUUUUCCAAAACAAAAAUUACCUUCUCCCUUUAGAUUUGUAAGCGGGUUGGGUUAGAUGAUAAUAUCCAAGUCAAAGUCAAAGUCAAAGUCAAAGUGUGACUAUAUACAAGUAAAGUAAAAGACUAGAUAGAUGAAGAUAGAUGUUCCUUCUCCGCCUAGUAAAGAUCGAUAAUGGGUUCCCCUUGGUUUAAAUUGGAUUGCAGAGACCAUGGUAAAUUGAAGAGUCGAGACAUGAUGUAUUUGAAGAUCUUGUUCACAUUAAUGUUGUGUCGAGCACUUGAAAAAAAUAACGUUGCUUUCAUAACCUUUGCGUAUGCCCGUGCCUGCCACGUCAUAAUUCACAUGCUCUUUAAAUAAUACUUACAAAAGAAACAAAAAUAUUAUAGUAUUUAUUUAUUUCAACAAUAAUGGAGCAUAUUACUACUUAUUCCUUUUGUCAAAAUGGGUUGGGUUUCCUCCUUAGCCCUUCUCGAUAUCCAUAUAUAUAUAUUCUAUCCUCGCUAUCAAUGUAUAUAGUGUGUGCGUGUUUGUGUGAGAAACAGAUUUUAUAUUGUAUAUAAACAGACAUCGUGACUCAUUAUUCUCUUCAUUCACAUGCCAGCUCUUACUUAAAUUCUUAGAGAUCUAUUUGUUUGUUUGUUUUCCUAACAGAUCUAAAUUUUGUUCGAUUUAUGUAGAAUGAUAAUUAAUAU